AUGAAAUCCCUCGAGUGGACGGCGGAGCCCGAUCCUCAGGUCAUCGAGCAGACAAUACAGUCGCUACUACCAUCGAGCACGGUCCAGGUGACCUUCCUCGCCCAGGGUGCUUUGAACAAAAUCUAUGACGGGAAAAUAGAUAAUGAGGUCUUUGUUAUGCGAGUCUCGUUGCCUGUUGAUCCGUACUAUAAAACUAUGAGUGAAGUGUCAACAGUGAACUGGAUAUCCCGUACCGCAAAUAUCCCUGUUCCCCGAAUUAUCACUUAUCAAUCUUCCCGAGAAAAUCCUAUCGGAUUUGAAUUGAUCAUUAUGACCAAAAUGCCUGGAAGACCCUUGAAAGAGCUGUGGCGCUCUCUAUCAUUUUCUGCAAAAAUAAGUUUGGUUGGAGAAGUUGCGGCCUACUCUAGUUGCCUUUUUCGAAACCAACUUCAGGGAAUUGGAAAUCUCUACACUCCAAUAUCUAUUCUCAAGGAUUCCGGACUGCCUGAAGCGACCUGGCCUGCUGGAAACCCAGCAUAUUCUAAGAAAUCAUCUCGAUCUGAAAAGGAACAUAUGCCUGCAGCAUUAUCAGAUGUGGGUAGAAUUGUUUCUAUGCACUUUUUUGGGGGGUCGCAUAUUUUUCAGGAUGUUCAUCGAGGACCAUUUACGUCUAGUAGCGACUGGAUUACAUCACGUCUUUCUCUCAUCGAGAAAGACUGUCAGUCGACGCUAGACAAUUUACCACCUGGCGAUCUUGACAGCGACGAUGAAGCUGAUGCCGAUGAUGCAACAAGAACAUUGGAAAUCAUCGGAAAACUGAAGACCUUGCUCCCAUCUAUCUUUCCACUAGAUGGAGACAACCCGGAGCCCUCAAUCCUGGUCCAUGACGACCUGUCUAGCCGAAAUAUUCUUGUCCAUGAUAACGGAGAGCUAGCAGCUAUUUUAGACUGGGAAUGUGUUUCAGCACUCCCUUUAUGGAAUGCCUGCAAUUACCCUGCAUUCUUGCAAGGGCGACCGAGCCUGAUCUAG